AUGUACGUGGACGAAGAUCCAGAUCCAGUCAUGCAACCAUCUGGGACGCCUACGCAUCCCAUAGACAUUUCCAGUAGUUCUGCAUCAUAUGCGGGAUCGCCUUACCAUGGCCUCGAUGAAUGGGUCGAAUGGUGGGGAAGAUACAAGUGGGAGUUUACUCCCUCAUAUCAUAACACACCACCUCCACCUCCACCAGAAGAACCAUACCUACAAGCGGUAACACCGCCACCACCACCAGUGGAGGAACAACCACCGCCACCUCCAAGGAGAAGGCGGAAUGUACGCAUGUCAGUGUGUGGGGUGCCACGCAUAAGUUCGCCCCCAAUCACACAACUACCCUCUAUUCCUGAGGAUCCCCAAAAUGGGAGGACCCUCAAAUGCUACACCGAUGAUUGA